AAUUAUAUAUUCGGUUAAUAAAGCCAAUCCAUUCCUCCUCUCUCACCAAUGGAGGAGAAAGGCAUACUCUGAAUCAAAAUGGCGAAGAAGGUGUUGAUGACAUCUAACGGCGACGAGGUUUCCCGGAACAUCGCAAUCCAGCUAGCCAAACAUGGUUGUCGGCUGGUUUUGAUGGGAGAUGAGGCUUCUCUAAGGAGCACUGUAGACCACAUACGAGUCUCCAUAGAGGGAGCCUUCCCAGUGGAACUCAUUGGAGCCGACAUGGAAGCUGACAGUGAGGAAGCUUUCCAUGUUGCUGUCCAAAAGGCAUGGAAUCGUUUGGGAUCUUUGGAUGCUUUUGUCAACUGCUGUACCUACCAAGGGAAGAUGCAGGACAUUCUCCAAGUGUCUGAAGAUGAAUUCAAGAAGAUCACAAAGAUCAAUCUCACGGCUCCAUGGUUUAUCUUGAAGGCUGUGGCGAGUAUGAUGAAGGAGCGUGGAACAGGAGGUUCCGUUGUCUUUAUGGCUACGAUCGCUAGUGGGGAGAGAGGGCUUUACCCUGGAGCUGAUGCCUAUGCUACAGCCGCUGCUGGGAUUCACCAGCUCGUUCGGGCAUCAGCCAUGAGUCUAGGGAAGCACAAGAUAAGGGUCAACAUGAUCUCUAGAGGUCUGCAUCUUGGAGAUGAAUAUCCAGUUGCAGUGGGGAUAGAUAGAGCGGAGAAGCUGGUGAAGGACGCUGCUCCUCUGGGACAGUGGCUGAACCCGGAGAAAGAUAUCUACUCGACUGUGAUUUAUUUGAUCAGUGACGGUUCAUGCUUCAUGACAGGUACAACUGUGAUGGUCGAUGGAGCACAGUCUCUUAUGAGACCACGUCUCAAAUCCUACAUGUGAUUUGUUUUUUUUUUAUAAAAAUGCUUGUAACUGUAUUAUUACUUUCUUGAAAAUUGAAUUUGAUCAAGCUUGAAUAAGUACUCCUGGAGGGAGGAUACGAAUGAAAUUGAAUUCCAUUUCUGAGCAACAA